AUGGAGACACUCAGCGCGUUGGCGCGCGACAAAUACGCCGCAGGAUGGAUCUGUGCUCUGCCAGUGGAGAUGGCUGCCAGCCAGGCUCUCUUGGACGAGCGGCACCCAAUCCUCCAACAAAACCCCAAUGAUCACAACUCAUACACGUUGGGUCGGAUUGGCGCGCGCAAUGUCGCCAUGACCUGCCUACCGGGAGGCGGAACCGGAACCGUAUCUGCAGCCAUCGUGGCCGCCGAGAUGGCUUCCAGCUUUAGAAACCUGCAGUUCGUGCUGCUAGUGGGCGUGGGUGGAGGUGUCCCGGGAGUUGGGCGCGAUAUCCGGCUUGGGGAUGUGGUUGUCAGCCAUCCAGGGCCGAACCAUGGCGGAGUCGUGCAGUUCGACUUUGGCAAGACAAUGCAGGAUGGCAGGUUUGUGCCCACCAACAUGUUGGACAGGCCACCACGUAUCCUCCUUGCGGCUGUUUCAACAGUCCGCUCCAAUCACGCCCGGGGCGAGUCUGUGCUCUCAAGCUACCUCCAACAAAUCUAUGACCACCAUCCACUCAUGAAUACGCGAUAUGCACAUCCUGGUGUUGAGAAGGAUGUGCUGUACGAAUCGCGGUAUGAUCACCCUCAGCGUGAGGGGACAUGUUCAAAUUGCGACUCUACCCGGAUACUUUCCCGCACACCUCGCCAAUCGGAUGCUCCCGUAAUUCACUAUGGGCUGAUAGCCUCGGGAAAUCAGGUUAUGCGGCACGGAAUAACGAGAGAUCGCCUCGGAGACGAAAUGGGCAUGGCAUGUUUUGAAAUGGAGGCUGCAGGACUGAUGGGUCAGUUUCCUUGUUUGGUCAUACGUGGUAUCUGUGACUACGCCGAUUCACACAAGAACAAGUUGUGGCAGCCAUAUGCUUCUGCCGUCGCGGCAUCAUAUGCCAAAGAACUUCUCGACAUAAUUCCAAGCUCCACAGACGCCCACCCGCAUGCCCGCACCAAUACUUUUGGAUCCGAAUCAACUGAAUGGGGAGGGAAACAACAGGAGAACAAACGAGAGGACGAAGGAAAGAAAAUUUCCUCGCAGGCGUCAGGAGUCAUCGCAACCUCUCUCUCUGAGCUGGUCGCUAGUUUCCAAGGCUGUAUCCGGAGUGUUCCUGAACUAUAUAUCCUCCAAAAUGCCCCACGGCCGUUUAGGCUGACCGUGGAGAAGCUAGAACUCGAAAGGGUUCUGUUACUUCAAUGGGCAGAUAGAGUUCAUCUUCUUGAUGAUGGGGACCACAGUCCUUUCAGAGAUGUUGAAACGAUGAGGACAAUUGGAGUGAUACUAGAUGAGAUACACAACAUACUCAAUGAUGAUGAGGCUUCACACGAAGCCUCUGGGCUCGUAUCUCUCAAUAAAUUUGAAGAUCCAAUUCAAAGCCAUGACUCGUGGAGUGGGAGUCUCGAUACCAAUACUGACGUUGCGGGCGAUUCAGAAGGGGGCUUUGCGGGAGUUGCAAAACUUCAAUCGGACAAUCGGGAACGGCAGCAGAUACCUUUACCGACUGAACGAAUUGGUCUUAGCCAGAGAAGACUAGAAAAGUUCAAGGAAAACUACCACUAUUAUCAGAAAAAGUUGAACCCCGCCGGAAAGAUGCAGAGCGCUCACCUCUUGUGGAGGAGCUCCAAAUGGGUCUUGUUUGAUAGUGCACAUUACCGGGCGAGAUUGAAUGAUCUUGCCCAACUUGUGCAGAGACUGGAUAACAUUAUUCCUUCAGACUAUUUAACUAAGCUGCGCCUGGCGGAGGAGGAUAUCAACCCAAAUUGGCCGACUGAUAUGAUAGUCUUGAUUCAACAAACUGCACGCUCAAGAAGCAAUGCAUUUGUCGAGGUGAUUGAUCUAGAGUUGAAGAGAAGGUGUGAAAAGAAGAUACUUCGUCGAUUAUCAUUCCAGGAAAUGAACAUGAGGAAAGAAUCCAUAACCUCUCCAUUCGUGGAUACUUUGGGGUGGGCGCUGAGCACGAAAAGCACACCUCAAAGGUGGGAUCUCCUACCGCAUUGGUUUGAAUCAGGGUCUGGAAUCUACUGGUUGUGUGGAAAGGCAGGCAGCGGCAAGUCGACGCUGAUGAAGCUCCUUUCUGACCACGAAGCGACGCUGAAAUACCUCUCUACGUGGACCGGGGGCAAACCGUGUGCUACGGCUGACUUUUUUAUUUGGAAGCUUGGCACAAAAGAGCAAAACUCUUUGUAUGGUUUAUUCCGGUCUAUUCUACAUCAGGUUUUGUCCUUGCACCCGUCACUUUGCCAAGAGCUUCUUCCGCGCAUUUGGGAGCAAGCCUAUGGCCAUGAUGAGAUCGACUUUGCACUUCCUGGGCCUGAAGAGAUCCUUAGAUUAUGCAAGUCGAUCCGUGAUCAUUCACAAGUGUCUAGAAUGUGCCUGUUCCUCGAUGGACUCGAUGAAUUCUCUGGGAAUAUUUUGGAAGGCAUUGAACUCAUCGAAACAUUAACCUCUGGUUCUAAGAUCAAAGCUGUCGUUUCCAGUCGCCCUGAGCACAAGUUGGUUGCAGCUUUUCACAAAUGUCCGCAACUUAAGUUGGAAGAUCUCAGCCAGCCUGAUAUCUCAAGGUACAUUCAGAGCAAGCUGAAAUCACCCCUUUACGAGUAUGGACGAUAUGACUCCGAUCCGGCUAGUGCGAAGCAUCUCAUCCGAGAGAUGGUGGAGAAGGCAUCUGGAGUAUUCCUGUGGGUUGUUUUGGCCUGCCGCUCGCUCCUUGAUGGGCUGGCUGCGAGCGAUUCGCCCUCUGAGUUGAGGAAGCGAAUUGAUGAGCUGCCAGAGAAACUCGAAGACCUCUUCCGAGAUAUGCUUACGCGAGUCGACAAGAGAUAUCUGCUUCAGUCUGCCAGGAUUCUUAAGAUUUGUAAAUUAUACAUCGCCCAGCAUGGCAUAGGUGUUCCCACGCUGGGCCUUGCACAGCUAGACUGGCACGACUAUGACUCGUCCCGGCUGGCUGAAACUCUGAAAUAUGGAUUUAGUACAAUCGAGAAAGAUGCGAAUUGCAAUCGCAUCGAAGGGCGAUUAAGGAGUCGCUGCGGGGGCUUGCUUGAGGUGCGCCGAUCACACAGUCUACCGCAAAAGUUCUGCUUCUGUGGCCAAGUCAGCUUUGGGGGUUAUCACAAGUGCCAUGAGACCUUUGCCGCAGACUCAGUCAUAAUUUUCAUGCAUCGAAGCGUGUAUGACUUUCUCGAUAUGGAGGAAACAUGGGAGCUGGACUGCCUUAGCUUGGGCGCCGAGCAUGAGUUUGACGCGCAGGCGGCUGUAGGAUGCUUGUCUCUGCAUUUGGCACAUUGUAGCGCCAAUCAGAACAAUUCGCAUUCCCCCUCCCAGUGCAUCGAGCAUGUUUAUGAUGUCUGGCGGCGGGUUCUUUGGGCCAACUGGAAGACUGGAACCCAGAUAACGCAUGUGGUGGCUGCCCUCGUGGAUGUCCUGCAGAUGGCCCAAAUAGCAAGCAGGUGGGCUUCGGACUACCCGUGGGGAGAUUUCCCACCGGAGAAGAUCAUUCUACGCCUCGCCGUCGAAGCCGGGAUGCUAGACUUGAUUGAGAGAUUUCGCGACAAGAAUCCUAGCUUGGACACGCUCGAGAGUUGCUAUCCAUUGCUCUUUCAUGCAACGAACCCGGUGUAUUCCAACUACAUUCUCUCAAAAGAACAUUCUAAAACAGCGUUAUGUGAUGUGCCACUAUUUGACCGUGUCAAGCCGGCACAUCAUGUAGUCCGCUGGCUCCUGUCUCUUGGCUACUGUCCCAACGAAGAAUUCACUUCUGAAAACAAACAAAAAACUACUCCAUGGAAAUACUGGAUAACGAGACUUGAAUCUUCUCGUUCCUUGAACCUGUGUCAAUUGGGAGCCCAGGCUAGCGUCACGAUAGAAUAUCUCAACAUGGCGAAGGUCAGUCUACCAAUGCUGGACGCUGUCUUGAACUGGCAGAGGCGAUGUGUGCUGUACUGCACCACUUCAGAAGAGUCACCAAUGAGGUUGCAGUUUGAAGAGCAACUGAAGACAAUACGGGAGCUAUUAGAGAAGAGAAGAACGUGGUCUUUUGGUAACAUGUUACAAUUAAUUAACGACAAGCGAAUGCAAGCCUAG